UGUUGAUGCGUUGAACAUAAUUUAUCUAUAUACAUUAGACAAAUGAAUAAAAACAAAUGACAAUAAGAAAUUAAUAACAAUACAGUUGGUAGAGUGUAAUGUGCGAGCUUUUGCCAAGGAGGAUACACAGAUACAGGUUAUACCGGGUAGGGAUAACAAGCGUGUUUCAGUUAUCUUAAUCGCACUUCGUGUUCGUCCAUUGACAAUUUAAUUGCCAACAAACGUCCGCAAUGAUUUCUUUGCGUAAUUCUUUGAUUUCGCACGCCGCUUUCUUUGAGAGACACUUUUUAGAGAAAUGCACAAUACGAGCCAGGAGGACACUGUACAGCGCCGGGUCAAUAGGACUUGAUGCAUACCAGGACACCAGGGAAAAAAUAAAAUCCCAGUUCGGAGGGAUCGAAGAUAAAUUUAAAACCAAAAUGACAGAAUAUACCAAUACAGAUGCGAAUAGUACCAUAUUUACAGAAGAUUUGAAAAAUAUGGUUCAUCUAGUCGAAAAUGAGGAAGUCAGCUUAGUUGAGCAGAUGAUAAAAAAGUUUGCAAAACAAAAUAGAGAAAUGCGGUUUGGCUCAUUUGUAUUUGGACCCGUAAUUAUGAGGAUGUAUUACCACCUGAAUAUGCCAGUGGCUGCACUCGAGAUGUUCAAAGAUCCUGAAUUGGAAGGGUUUUUCGAUCAGUUAGUGACUUUUCAAAUAUUGAUGGACUUGCUUUUGGUCAACGAUAUGGAUAAGGAAGUCAUUGAAGUGUUUGAUAUGAUCAAAUUUAAACAAUUGCAAGGUUCAAAGUAUCCGAAAAAUGCUGUUGUACUUGUUCUUGCUGCAUGUUAUAAAUUGAACACUACAGAAUCGUUUGAAUACAUGAAAACUCUGUAUAAUGAUUUAAACAAGUGUGGUCAUAUUCCCAUGAGAAGGGCUGGUACUUUUGCCGCAGCAUUGGCCAUUGAACAAAAUGCACCCCACAUCGCUUUAGAAAUAUUGACGAGUAUGAAAAAACAGUCCUAUGUGACAAUUCGUAACCUUAAGAUGUCAGCUUUGGCAGCACUUGGAAGGCCCGAAGACACACUUAGCAUUUUAAGAGCUGUGUUGGAAUUUGAUGGAACAAGCUCUAUAAAACACACAUUUGAUAAAGAAACAGUUAGAAAAGUGGCAGAGGCCAUUGAAAUGUUAAACAAUCCAGUCCUAAAGGAAGAAUUCGAUCGGAUUAUUAAGCAGCUGCACUAUUUAGGACAUAUUUCAGAAGAACCACUGUCAAAACAAUUGUGGGCGGAAAUUUCAGGAUCUCCAAAGCCAUGGAAACUUCAACAAGAAAUCCCGAAAUUUGGCCGCCAGCCAAAUUACUCCAAUUAUCCGAACAAGCAAACACAGAGACCUGGACUAAAAGAUAUGGCAUGAAUGUAACACAUUUUGUAUAACUUGUAGUGUUAAUACUUCUUCCCAAAUAUGUAUUUAGUCCAUUAAAAUGUAGAAUUUAAUAAUAAAAUGAAAAUUUCCUUUA